GACGUGCGCUACACACAAAACUCCCGUGAAUCCUAUACAAAUACACCAAUUACGCCCCCCUAAAACACACCCCAACCAUCCUUCUUUAAUCCAUCAUGGGUUUAAAGAAUCUAUUCAACCGAAAAACAAAGAAAAACUCAAAAAACACCCCCCAAAACGUCGUCGUUUCACGUGUGGUGCGUAUGCGGAUCGAAGAAGAGCUAGAACAAGUAUUCAACAAAUUCGAUGUUAACGGCGACGGCAAGAUCUCGUCAUCCGAACUUGGAUCAAUGAUGAGAAGCCUAGGUCACGAGCCAACAGAAAAUGAGUUACAAAUAAUAAUAAAUGAACUUGAUGGAGACGGGUUUAUCGGUUUGAAAGAGUUCAUCGAGUUGAAUACCAAAGAUAUUGGAUCCGUUGAGUUGUUGGAGACUUUGAAAGACGCGUUUUCUGUUUUUGAUGUCGAUAACAACGGGUUGAUUACCGCGGAUGAGUUGUGUAAUGUGUUGGGGAGUUUGGGGGAAGAGUGUAGCGUCGAAGAGUGUAGGAAGAUGAUCGCGGGUGUUGAUCGAGAUGGGGAUGGUAUGAUCAACUUUGAUGAGUUUAAGGUUAUGAUGAUGAAUGGUGGUUGUUCAAGAUUUGGUGUGAUCGAAGAAUGAGAUGGUUAAGAUUGGAAGAUUUGGUUUUGAGAUUUUUUUUAUUAAUUGCGUAUCAUGAAACAUAUGGGAAUAAAUUAUUUCCUAAAUUUGAUAGAAUGAAUAUAAAAUCUCUCUUCUUUUAUGUCUAA